UGAAGCGCCGCGACCAAACCUCACAGGAAGAAAACAGCAGAGAAGCUAAUGCUAACGGGCUUACGUCAAAUGUGUGUAGCCAGUUAGCCAUGUAGCUAGCGAACAAGGUGUUGAUAAUAGGCACAGAUAGACUAUACAGACUCCAGUGAAAGGAUCAGGUAUCACAACGGAGGAGAAUAGCGAGGAAAGAUGCAAGCAGGUGACCCUGUGGUUGGUGCAUCUAUGGCAGUAGCUGGUGCCCAGAGUCGGUCAGAGGACGAGGAGUCGCUUGGGGUAAAAGAUGUGAAAAGGACAGCAACACAAGCAUUUGGCAGUGGUGUUCCCAAACGCAGAAGUUCCUCCAGGUCGAUCAAGAGGAAGAAGUUUGAUGAUGAGCUGGUGGAAAGCAGUCUUGUGAAGUCAUCUAGUAGAGUCAAAGGCCCUCCUGUCAUAGAGCCUGUCCGAUGUUCAGGAAGUGAACCUUCAUCUAGUGAGAAAAAAAAGGUGACAAAGUCAGGAACCGCUCUCACGCCGCCUCUCACCAUGGUAAUAAACCCUGCACCUAUCACCAAAAGAGUAAAGAAAAGCAAGCAGCCACUACAUAUUACUAAAGACCUGGGACGAUGGAAACCCACUGAUGAUCUGCUCCUUAUAAAUGCAGUGUUGCAGACCACAGAUCUAACCUCUGUCCAUCUGGGUGUCAAGUUCAGCUGUCGUUUCACUUUGCGGGAAAUUAAAGAGAGGUGGUACGCUCUGCUGUACGAUCCUGUCAUCUCAAAGCUGGCAUGGCAGGCCAUGCGGCAGCUUCACCCAGAGGCCAUUGCAGCAAUUCAAAGUAAAGCUCUCUUCAGUCAGGCAGAGGAGGCACUGCUGGCCAAGAUUGGUUCAACUAGUCAGCCCAAACUAGACGUGUUCCAGGAGCUUUUGAGCAAACACCCCGGUGUCUUUCACCCAUCUCGCACUCCCAAGAGCCUGUUGGUGCACUGGCAGCUGCUAAAACAGUACUACCUACUGGAUGACCAGAGUGUCCAGCCUCUCCCUAAAGGUGACCAGGUUCUCAACUUCUCUGAUGCUGAGCAGAUGGUUGAUGAUGUAAAGUUAAAGGAGAGCAGAGAUGAGGUUUUGGAACAUGAGCUGAUGAUUUCUGAUCGCCAUCAGAAAAGGGAGAUCAGACAACUAGAGCAGGAGUUGCCUCGCUGGCAGGUUCUCGUGGACAGUAUCACAGGGAUGAGCAUGCCCGACUUUGACAACCAGACACUCGCGGCACUACGAGGACGAAUGGUACGCUACCUCAUGAGGUCGCGAGAGAUUACGUUGGGUAGGGCGACCAAGGACAAACAGAUAGAUGUAGAUCUGUCGCUAGAGGGACCUGCCUGGAAAAUAUCAAGAAAACAAGGAAUUAUUAAACUGAAGAAUAAUGGAGACUUCUUCAUCGCCAAUGAGGGCAGACGGCCCUUCUACAUAGAUGGCAGACCAGUCCUGUCAGGCAACAAGUGGAAACUCAAUAACAACUCAGUGGUGGAGAUUGCAGGUCUUCGCUUUGUGUUUCUAAUUAACCUGGAACUCAUCUCACUAAUAAAAGCUGAAGCAGCCAAGAUGACACAGCAGUGAAUGUCAGCCACCCAGCAGAAGAAUCGAUACACAGGACAUGCUGGCAUACGAAUGGACCAGUCAGUCGUUCUGUGUAGAACAGGGGUUAACAGUUGUUCUUACAUUGCACAGCAGUGUUGACAAGAAUCGGACUGACAGCGGCCAUGUUAACCUGAAAUGUGAAUUGUAAAAAGGCUACAGCUAAAUCCCAGAGCAGAAUAGUAACAGGUUUUUACUUGGUGUUUGAACAUUUUUCAUGUUGUAAUGUAGAUACUCUGAUGGUAGAGCCUUGUUUUUCCAGUUUUUCAAAAUAUUGUAUUUAAAUUCUGUAGUAAAGCUUUUUCAGAAUAUUAAAGUUGUAUACACAAUGUUC